UUCACGCCUCCCCGGGGGGCCCAUGUCACAUUUAUAUUCUCGGCUAUUCUCUCUCUCUCUCUCUCACUUUGCCAGUUUAUUCCAUCUCUCUCCAUCAUCUUCUUCAUAUCAAGCUUCCUAUUCUCUCUCCAGAACACAAAACCAGAAGAAUCCCCAGCUCCGAAGAUGGCGAGAUUCGUUGCACUCUUCGCUCUCUGCGCCCUCGCCGCCGCCGCAACCACAAUUUCCGGCGUUAGCGCUUCCCGCAGACCUAUCACUGACAUUACUCUCAUUGGCAGAGUGUACCUGGACACUUGCUUAGUCGGCUUCGAAACCACACACAGCAUAUACCCCGCCGGCUCAACUGUGAAACUGGUGUGCAAGGACCGCAAGACCAGCAAAAUCACCUACACCGACAAAGCCGUCACUGACGCCAAUGGAGAAUACAAAUUUACUUUGAAAGGUCUCCGGAGUGGUAAGGAGGUCUGUCAAGUUCAUGCCAUUGAAAGCGUGCAUCCUGACGCCGGCAAACCAGAUCAGGCCAGGGAGAGCGCCCUUGUCAUCCUCAACGGGGGCAAUGGAAUCGCCAGCAACACACGCUAUGCCAACAAUGUGGCAUUCACCACGACCAAGCCUCUUUCUAACUGCGCCCAGAUCGUCUCCCAGUACCACCUCAAUGAUGACAAUUUUUAACGUCUUUUGUUCACAGCCUAUAUUUUAAUAUUCCACAUGUUUACUCGCUACUUCAUCUUGUUUUCAAGAGUGUGUAGCUUAUGCACAUCGCCUCUCUGUGCCGUUUGCUUAUACUUUAUUUCAUUGAAUUUAUGGUACGUUUCCAUUGUGUUGCCGCUCCCCUUGUGUAUUGUAAUAUGUUCAGACUUGAGAUCAGUUGGUUAUAAUUUAUCUCUGUGGUUUUUGUUAAUGCUU